GUGCAGCGGGCGUGCUUCAUCCCUUUCCCCUCGUCCAGCUGUCAUUAGAGUAGUGGACCACCUGCCUGACGUGGCAUGUUCUGACGUGGCAGUGGAGGGGAAGCCGUGGGAACAGGCUGAGCUGGCAAUGAAGGAAUGGACAGCAACAGUUGCCAUGCUGAUGGCAGCGCUGCUGCAUGACGACGUCACUGCCACUUCUACUUGUGCUGCUGCAGCUUCUUCUGGUGCUGCAGCUGCAGGUGCGGGGGAGGAGGGGCAAGCUGUCACGAAGAGCACGGCAGAUACGGACGAGCCAUCUGCUCUUGUUUCCCCACCAUCGCCCCGCAUCCCGCCCCUCUCCGUCAAGCUUCCCCUCAACGCAUUCUCACGCCCUAGGCCGCGCAAAGCCACGUCACUCUCUCAGCAGGCCACGUCACCAUCACAACAAGCCACGUCACCCUCUCAGCAUGCCUCGUCACCCUCACAGCACGCCUCAUCACCUUCAGAUCAGGCCUUCACCCAGCCGAACGCGCUGAAUGUAGAUCCAAGCCUCUGCGCACGGUCAGAUGUACCUCCUGCCGCUCCUGCUGCUGCUCCUCCUGCUCCUGGCGCUGCUGCUGCAGCUGAGAGCAUGGAGAGCACGUUGCAAGACUCGUUCUAUUUGUGCCAUUCCUCCCUCUCCUUCUCAUUCGCGUCCGACAGCUUCCGCAGGAGCACCAGCAGCAGUAACAGUGGUUGCACCACCAGCACUACAGCCAGCAGCACAGCAGCAGAUGUCGCAACGAUCCACCCAGCACCACCCACCAUAGCAGCAGCACCAGCAGCACCAGCAGCAGCAGCAGCAGGUGCAGCAGCAGCAGCAGUGACCAUCUCCCUCUCUUCCAUCUUGGCUCAUCUCGUCUCCAAUGCCCGCACUCUCGCUGACCCUUCCUUGCCUCCGGGCAGCCUGCGCAAGUCUCUGCUGCUCGCAGAAAUGUUUGUUGCUGCCCGUUGGUCUGCGCCUGUGUUUGAAGCCUACCUGGGAGACAAGCCAGGGGGACACGAGUUGGCAUCUGAUUGGUCGACGCAGCUCCCAAGGCGUCUAGCGGAGGGUGUGCUGGGGGCGUUUGAGUGGGUGGCUGUGGGGCUGGAGAGGGCAGCAGCAGCGGCAGCAACAGCAGCAAUGCCGACACGCACCAAGAUCUCUACCAG